CGGCCGCGGGAGCCGCCACCGCCCCCCUGGCAGUCGGUUUUGGGCUGGUCGGCGCGGCGGCGGCGGGUGCGCGGAGCAGGGAAGAAGCAUGAUCAAGAUGAAUUGCAUCCUGAUAACUGCUUGCAUUGUUCUGGUUGCUUUCUGUAAUUCUGGUUAUACCCUAAGAUGCUACCACUGUGAGAACAGUCCUACCUUGUGCAAGACCAAUAGUACUUGCUCAUCUACUGAAGAUACUUGCCUGCAGAUGAAGUUUGGUAAAUUGAGAACUUUCUCCUGCUGGAAGAUGUCCCAGUGCAACGUGAAUGAUAUUGCUGUAUUCUUUCAGUUGGAUAAUUUUGAUUACUUUUGCUGUCAACGAGACUUGUGCAACAAGAGCCCAAUUACUGUGGCUAACAAAGCAGCUUUCAGUAUUGCCUCUGUAAUUACUGUGAUCUGGAUGCUUCUCUAACAACUCUGACUUGUAUACUGCACUUUCAAGCUGAAGUUAUAUACAUUCUUGCAUUUUAAGUUCCUAACUGUAGAGUGGAAUACUACCUUGUAAUGUUGAAUUAUUUUUCUUAAGGUUCUUCCUGUUAAAUUACUGUAUGCAUUGAUCUGGAAGAGACAUAUACUGUUAUCAGAUGCAGAGAAUUCAGGUAUUCUGGCAUGCUCUAUGCAUGGGGAAAAUCAAGUUGUUCUGAAAUAGUGUUACCUUAUGGAGAAUCUGGGCAGACUUGGGUGGGAGAUGUAGUGAAGACGGAAUACUAUUGGUUUUGUGCUGAAAAAAUGUAAUUUCUUUUUAUUUUGUAAAUUGUAAUUAUUUUUGGUUGAGAUUUAUUUAUUUGUUUUUGUUUUGGAUGCUACGUUGUUGCACAUUGGGUGGUUGAUUUGCCCUCAGCAUGGGUAGUGUUGGUCUGAAGCAUUAACUUGUUGCCCUGUUCAGGGCAAGUGCUGAAAUAUUUAGUUUGACGUUAUGUAGACUCUUUUCUCCUAACAGAAUAUCACUUUUUUUCCGCCUUUUCACAAAUGAAUAAUGGAGCCUUGUAAGUACUGUUGUUUUUGGAGAAAGCAUCUAAAGUUCUUAAACCAAAAGCUAAGUAAUGCUAUAAGUGAGGAACACUUUUCCUCUUUUUAUAUUUCUGUGAGCAUGUAGAUAACACUGAACUAGCUUCUUUUACAAAAUUUUCUUUUCAGUUUUGUUUAUAUUUCCUCCCCUAUUGAGGAUUUCAGCUAAGCAUGUGCUUUGCACUGAAUAUUUCUUGGUAUAACUGAAAAUGUUUAUAAAAUGCUAAGGAAUUUAAGUGGCACAUCUGUUUUAUUUUCCCAUGUGGAUAGCUAUUGGUUUUGUUGAAAACAAAACAGAUAAACUUAACUCUUAGAGCUUCUAUAUAAGUAUAUUAAACAAAAACUUGCAGAACUUUAUAUUUUGACUUUUAUGCAACUCUGUAAGUGCCAACACAAUAUCUACACAUAUAUAUACAGAUGCAUAUAUAUAGCAUGAAGAAAAAUGCUCAGUUUGUAUAUGUAAGAGUUUUAGAGUUCAAAUACUCUGUACAUUGUUCUGACCCAUAAUGAUGGAGAGAGACCUUUGAUACUUCAGUACUUAGGGACCCUUUCAAUCAGGUCUAAUGACAAAUCCGCCUUCUCUCUCUUGGCGCUCUUGGCAUGAAGAACCCUUGCCUGUCUCUGCAGGAGCAGUGGCGCAUUGCCAGUGGCAUUUCGCCCCUCGGAGCUCACUUGUGCUAUCCUGGCUUCCGUGACAUCAGCUCUCUCAGACAUGACACAGGCAGGGGGCAUAGGGCUGUGUUGCUUCAAAUCCAUUCUGUAAUAUAUCUUUUAGUUAAGCUUACUUUCACUACAAGAACAUCCUGGAAUCCGUUUAAUCACUCAAAAUGAAAGUUGUGAUGUCUUUAAUUAAUAAAAAAUAUGAAAAAGAAA